UAGAGGAAGCAAAUGGGCGUGUUAAAUAAGUUAAUGAACCUAACGAGUCUAUGGAGUCAAGGUUGCUUGGCGUUAAAUAGCCACCGUCUUCUUCUCCAGCAGGUUCUGCACCAAAGCCUUCGUGUCUGCGAGUUCAGCUUGAAGCGACUGUACAAACGACAUGAGUUCGCGCAAGGUGGCUUGGACGUCGCCGUUUUGGCUUUCGGCAACUGGCAGUAUCGUUGCCACAGACGAAGUCGCUGCAUUGCCGCGCUUGACGCGUCGGCGGCGCUUGAUGGACUGGAGUUGGUCCGACUGACCGCGCACAAAGUCCCCGUGGCUGAACUCAAACACGACCUUGUUCUGGAGGUUGUACUUGGAUUUGCGGAACCCGUACGAGUUGAGUUGUCGGGCAAAGCUUUCAAACUUGAUGGGUUUGAAAAACUGGGGCAAAAUCGUCUUCUCCAACAGGUCGCUGUUGAACACGGCAAACGACGUGCCGUUCUUCGUCCACGCGGCAAUUGCUUCCGGGCAUUGCUCCAGCAUCACGUACAGCUUCUCCAGGUACUUGGUCGUGCGUUCGGCAAAGUUGAGGUCUUGAAGCGUCGUCGCCGACAAUUGUUUCUCGUCGGCACUGCUCCACGUUGUGGCGAUGGGCUCCACGUCCAAGAACGUCGCGUCGUCGUAGUCCAUCGAGUCUUCGCUGCCGGCGCCGCUCGACGUGUACUCGAAGAUGCCUUCGUUCAGUAGCUGGGUGAUGUCGGCGUCGGUCGAGUCGAGGAGGAGGGAGUGGUGGUGGUGGUGGUGGUCAAACGGCAUGAUGGUAGAAGCAGCGACUUCUUGGGGUGGACUGG